AUGAGUUACGUAAAGAGAGACGAGGAUGCGGAUCAAACGAUGAUGAAGCUGGACAGGACGACAGUUUUCCAAGAUGCGCGAUUGUUCAAUUCGUCCCCCAUAUCCCCCCGAAAAUGCCGGACACUCUUGACGAAACUUGCGGUGCUACUGUUUACGGGCGAAAAGUUUCCCAAGGAUGAGGCGACGACGCUAUUCUUCGGGAUUUCGAAAUUGUUCCAAAAUAAGGACCCGUCCCUCCGCCAAAUGGUCUAUCUGAUAUUGAAGGAAUUGGCCAAUACUGCCGAAGAUGUUAUUAUGUCAACAUCGAUAAUUAUGAAAGAUACCACAGUCGGGAGUGAUGUUCUUUACAGAGCCAACGCUAUCCGUGCACUGUGCCGCAUUAUAGACGCCACAACCGUUCAAGGCAUCGAGCGACUGAUAAAAACAGCAAUUGUCGAUAAAAGUCCGUCAGUCUCAUCCGCAGCACUCGUAUCCUCAUAUCAUUUGCUCCCGAUCGCAAAGGAUGUCGUUAGAAGAUGGCAGAGCGAGACGCAAGAAGCAGCCGCAGGCGGAAAACAGUCAUCGGGCUUCCUGGGAUUCUCCAGUCAGCAUCCUCAGGUAAUCUCACAGACCAGCCAUAUGACUCAAUACCAUGCACUCGGGCUUUUGUAUCAGAUGCGGGCACAUGAUAAAAUGGCUUUGGUGAAAAUGGUUCAGCAAUACGGAGCUGCUGGCGCCGUCAAGAGCCCGGCUGCUCUCCUCUUACUAGUCAGACUAGCGGCAAAAUUGGCCGAAGAUGAUCAGAGUUUGAGGAAGCCCAUGAUGCAAAUGCUUGAGAGCUGGUUAAAGCAUAAACACGAAAUGGUCAACUUCGAAGCUGCCAGGGCAAUUUGUGACAUGAAAGACGUGACAGACGCGGAGGCGUCCCAAGCCGUCCAUAUUCUGCAACUCUUCUUAUCGUCCCCCCGAACCACAAGCAGAUUUGCAGCAAUUCGAAUUCUCCACAGUUUCGCUUCAUUUAAACCCCAUGUAGUAAACACAUGCAAUCAGGACAUUGAGGCCCUGAUAUCUAAUCCUAACAGAUCAAUUGCAACAUUCGCGAUUACGACCCUCCUUAAAACCGGGAACGAAGCUAGUGUCGAUCGCCUGAUGGCACAGAUUUCUGGGUUCAUGGCCGAUAUCACCGAUGAGUUCAAAAUUACGGUCGUCGAAGCAAUUCGAACUCUCUGCUUGAAAUUCCCUAAUAAACAGGCCGGAAUGCUUACUUUCCUCAGUGGGAUUCUUCGAGAUGAAGGUGGUUAUGAGUUCAAGAGAAGUGUGGUGGAAAGCAUGUUUGAUCUGAUCAAAUUUGUCCCAGGAAGUAAAGAGGAUGCUUUGGCACAUCUUUGCGAGUUUAUCGAAGACUGCGAAUUCACCAAGCUUGCGGUGAGGAUUCUACAUCUGCUGGGAAUUGAAGGGCCAAAAACAUCACACCCUACGAAAUACAUUCGGUACAUCUACAACAGAGUCGUCCUUGAAAAUGCCACCAUCCGUGCAGCGGCAGUAACAGCACUUGCCAAGUUUGGCGUUGGUCAAAAAGAUCCGGAAUUGAGACGAAGCGUCAUUGUCCUCCUAAGACGGUGCUUGGAUGAUGUUGAUGAUGAAGUCCGUGACCGUGCUGCCCUUAACUUGAGAUUAAUAGAGAACCAGGACGAGAUGGCGGAGCGCUUCAUCAAAAAUGAAAACAUGUUUGCCCUGGCAACAUUCGAGCAUCAACUCGUAAUGUAUGUUACGGCUACUGAUAAAGCGACCUUUGCAGCAGCCUUCGAUAUGUCCCAGGUUCCAAUUGUCUCUCAUGAGCAAGCAUUAGCAGAAGAGAGAACCAAGAAACUGACUUCCGCAACCCCUACUAUCAAAGCUCCUUCGAUCGGUGCAGACCGCGCUAAACAAAAUGGUGCUGCGGACAGCGCGAAAGCUGCUGCUGCCGCUACAGAGAAAUACUCCGAACAACUCAUGGAGAUACCUGAACUUAAAGCUUAUGGACCUCUUCUCAAAUCAUCACCGCCUGUUGAACUCACAGAGAGAGAAACUGAAUACGUUGUCACCGUCAUUAAACACAUCUUUAAGAAGCAUGUUGUUUUGCAAUAUGACAUCACGAACACCUUGCCAGAUACAGUCUUAGAAGGUGUGUCCGUUGACGCUACCCCUUCAGAGGAGGAGGAAGUGCUCGAAUACGAAUUCGAUGUUCCGACGCCGAAACUAGCCACGAAUGAGCCUGGCGUUGUAUAUGUUGCGUUUAAGAAGCUUGACGAAAGCUCUUACCCAAUUACCUCAUUUACCAAUAUUUUGAGAUUCACGAGCAAAGAAAUUGAUCCGACAACUGGUGAACCCGAAGAAACGGGUUAUGAAGACGAAUAUCAAGUUGAAGAUCUUGAUCUCACGGGCAGUGAUUAUAUUAUUCCUGCAUUUUCCGCCAGCUUCGACAGUAUAUGGGACGACCUUGCUGCCAAUGGCGAGGAAUCCAGUGAAACAUUGCAAUUAUCCAAUAUGAAAGGCAUUCAAGAUGCUACCGAGCAGUUGAUCGCUGUUUUGUCGCUCCAGCCACUCGAGGGCUGCGAGGUCGUCCUAAACAACAGCACUCACACAUUGAAAUUAUACGGGAACUCUAUAACGGGAGGAAAGGUAGCGGCUUUGGUUCGUUUAGCGUAUACUGCAAAGACUGGUGUCACCACGAAAGUUACGGUCCGAUCGGAGGAAGAAGGCGUAUCUUCACUUGUAGUCGCGUCUGUUGCAUAA